AUCAAAUUCGAGCGCUUGCAGUGCACAUAAUUGCAAAAGAAGAAACCCGUUACAGGAUUACCAGUGCAGGAAGAAUUAGGAUUUUGGAAGCGUUUUUUAUUACGAGUAGUGAUUAAUGAUAUUUUGUGAGUUAAUUAGAGUUAAAAAAGAAGCGUGACUUUGCUCAACGGAAAAUUUCCAGCGUUUUUGAACCUCCGCAACUACGUAACGCCAGUACGUACGUGUAGCAGGAAAUCAGUCCAUCACUUAUUCAUGAUCGAAUAAAAUCGAUAAAAUGUCGUACGUAAGUGCACGGUCAGUGCGGUGGCGGUACAUGAAACUCGUCGAGGCUUGAACGAGUCGUGUCCAUCCUCGCGUGUGACAUUUAGCGUCAUCAAGCAGGACAUCACAGACAGAGGAUAUCACUAGGCCUCCGGUGUCAGUCAAGGAAUACACGUGUGUGUAUGUGCUACUGUUGGGAACAAAGAGUCGUGUUCAUUAAAGUCCUUGGCCCAUAUAUUGGUUCAGUCGGGAAAGUGAUGUCGUUUGAACGGUGUGUGUUGGGUUCAGGGCUCUAAGUACGCGGUCUACACAGAUGGUAUUCGACCGUUGCGAAUUGCUGGCACCCAGUGCAAUGGUACCACGUGUUGGGUUACGCCAAGUGUAAAGUGGACAACUCGUAGCUGUACCGCGGCACCUUCAUCGUGGGAAUCGAUCGAUACGAAUGAAAUUUAGAUGCGUUAGCUGUGCAAUCGGAAGUGUGCAAUCUCCAGCUGCUGGUCCUCUAUCAUUUUGCCAUCCACUUCAACCACCCAUGUAUACCUACUUGCAAGGCGUUCAGCGGAAAACGUGGCCUCGAGUGAUAAUGAAGCAAUUUGAAUAUUGAAGUGCAGAACGAGGCUUGCCCGCCCAGGUGUAACAUCCCGUACCAGUAGCUGGUAGGAUGAGUGACGCCGACCAGGCCGGAAGCAACAGUAGUAGUGCUAGUAAAUCCAUGCCGAGCGAUAGUGUAGUCGUAGUGAAAGUUAGUCCCGCAAAGGAACCCGGAGGCGCAGAAAGUGCACAAACCACCAGCACCACCGUAUCGCCCGAGGGACCUCCCGGUGACCCAGAUCCAACAACCAGCCCGACCCAACCCUGCAACGGAAGUCUGCCGGAAGCGUUGCUGUACCAGAGUUCGCUGAACGUGAUACUGCCAAACUUUAUCGAGCAGGAGCAACGGUUCAGUGGGAGGCAGCAGUAUCUGACACCACCGAGGGCGAUUCAGUCGAGUCCGCUGACCAAGAUCCGACGGUAUAGUCAGGAUUCGUACGCGCUGCCGGGCCGUUAUCUGAAUCGGAGCAAUGAGGAGAUAAGUCAACAUAACGAACCAAAUCAAUUAUUAAUGCGACACAGCACGGACAACCUGCGAGGUAUUAAUAGUAUCCCCCUGAAGGGUGGUUACACCGCCACCCCCGUGACCUCCCGAGUGACUGUUAGCAUGAAUGGUGGGCUGGGUAACCAGCUGAACUUUGCCGGUACCAACGCCAACGCCAACAUCAACAAAUUCAACGUCACCAGGACGAACAGCACCACCAACACAGGUGAGCUGGACACGUAUGGGACGGUGUCUACAGCGCCGUCCACCCAUCAGUUGCACGAUAGCACGCAGCACGUGGCCGAUGGCAACGGUUACCAUGGUGGCAGCCCGACCGAGGACUCGGCAAUCGACACCGGUUCAUCGUCCCGCCAUCCGGCGGUAGAUUCGAGCGAGAAGACACUGUCCACGUUGGACGAUAUUAUGGAAAGUCCCCUGCUCAAAACUCCCGUCGAGAAGUGGCUUGAAGCGCAGGAUCGCGCGCUGGACCAGAUGAAGAUCAACGAAGAGCAGAACCGAAGUCCCGAUCUUUACAGCAAGAUAUUUGGCCCCAAGAUCAGCAAUACCGAGAACAUCCCGGGAACGCCGAUGGACACGUCGGACAUUGCGUCCGAGAUCAACAAGAGUUUCAACUCCAGUACGAUGAGCAUCAUGAACGACCGGCGACGCUCGUCGACGAAACUGCUAACCGGAAGUUCGCCAGUGAGGUCGAUUCUGCGUGAGGAAAAUCGGAACAGUUUAGGUGGCGUCGGGGGAGCCGUUACGGGAAGUUUGCGCAGCAAAAAGCGCAAGGGUUCCGAACAGUCUGGCGAUGGGAACCGCAGACCGAGCAAGCAGGACAAGGAGGGUCUCGAUCCAGAGUCGCUGAUGUUCCGCGACGGCCGUCGGAAGAUCGACAUGAUCCUCUGUUACGAGGAGUCUGAUGACGGUGUUAUGACGGAGGAGGAAGCGUUGAAGAGACACCAGCGUAAGGUGUUUCAAGAGAACCUGGUGAAGGAGGGUUUGGAGAUUGAGUUGGAGCACAAAUCGCAGGCGUUCGACGAGAAGACGUACUUUGUUAAGGUACACAUCCCGUGGCGAACGGAGUCACGCUACGCCGAGGUCAUGAAUCUCAAGCUGCCUGUGAAGCGAUUCAUCACGAUUAGCGUGAAGGAAGAAGAAUCAACGCUGCGGAAGCAUCAGAACAAGUGGCUCAGCUACUGGAAUAAGAUGAUGUCGAUGAUGGACUACAACUACAGUCGUAUCGAGAAAGAACCCUCGUUCUACUCGGCGACCUGCAACGGAAAUCCGGAGGAGCAGUUCAUCGUGAAGGAUCGCUGUACGACCUUCACAAGCGCUCAGCGAAGCCUGAUCGUGAUGCAGAUUUUGAUGCGGGCUCGCUUCGAUGACACGGAGAAGAUCAACUUUAUCGGAAUCCGAAGGCUGCUGAACGACGGGACGUAUCUGGCGUGCUUUCCACUGCACGAAGGCCGAUACGAUCGAAACCACUCGACGGAAGCGGUGUUCGAUCGGAGGUUACUGUACCUCGAGUGGGCUCGGCCCAUCAAAUGGUACAAGAAGCAGCCGCUUUGUCUGGUGCGGAAGUACUUUGGCGAUAAGAUUGCGCUGUACUUUUGUUGGCUCGGGUUCUACACCAAGAUGUUGUGCGCUCCGGCGGUGGUUGGACUGUUGUGUUUCCUGUACGGGCUGGCGUCCAUGGACUCGAGCGAUAACAUUCCAACCAAAGAAAUCUGCGACAAAAAGGGGCCUGGCAACAUAACCCUAUGUCCGCUGUGUGACAAAGCCUGCAGUUACCAACAGCUCUCCGAGUCGUGCCUUUUCGCCCAGCUUACGUACCUGUUCGACAACCCAUCCACCGUAUUCUUCGCCAUCUUCAUGUCCUUCUGGGCCACGACCUUCCUCGAGAUGUGGAAGCGCAAGCAAUCGGUCCUCGUGUGGGAGUGGGACCUGCAGAACAUCGAAAACGAGGAGGACAUGCGGCCGGAGUUUGAAACCUCGGUCAAAACGUUCCGCACGAAUCCGGUGACCCGGGAGAAGGAACCCUACAUGCCAACGUGGGAUCGCGCGAUUCGCUUUGCGGCGACCUCCAGCGCGGUGCUGUUCAUGAUCUCAGUCGUCCUCGGUGCCGUCCUGGGGACCAUCAUCUACCGGAUAUCGCUCGUAUCUGUGAUCUACAGUGGGGGUGGAAACUUUUUCCGCACACAUGCCAAACUUUUUACCACAAUGACUGCUGCCUUAAUCAAUCUUGUCAUCAUUAUGAUUCUAACACGUAUCUACCACAAGCUAGCACUGUUUCUAACCAACUUAGAGAAUCCCCGAACGCAAACCGAGUACGAGGACUCGUACACGAUCAAGAUCUUCGUCUUUGAGUUUAUGAACUUUUACAGCUCGCUCAUUUACAUUGCGUUCUUCAAGGGGCGCUUCUACGACUACCCCGGCGAUGACGUGGCGAGGAAGAGCGAGUUCUUCCGGCUGAAGGGUGACAUCUGUGACCCGGCGGGUUGUCUCAGUGAGCUCUGUAUCCAGCUGGCGAUCAUCAUGGUGGGAAAGCAGUGCUGGAACAACUUUAUGGAGUACUUCUUUCCGGCAUUCUACAACUGGUGGCGCCAGCGUAAGCACAAACAGCUCACCAAGGACGAAUCCCACCUGCACAUGGCUUGGGAGCAGGACUACCACUUGCAGGACCCCGGCCGGUUGGCGCUGUUCGACGAGUACCUUGAAAUGAUCGUCCAGUACGGCUUCGUAACGCUGUUCGUGGCGGCCUUCCCGCUGGCUCCGCUCUUCGCGCUGCUGAACAACAUCGCCGAGAUUCGGCUGGAUGCGUACAAGAUGGUUACCCAGUCGCGGCGACCGCUGGCCGAGCGGGUUGAAGACAUUGGCGCCUGGUACGGGAUCCUGAAGAUCAUCACCUAUACCGCGGUGGUUUCAAAUGCCUUUGUAAUCGCUUACACAAGCGACUUCAUUCCUCGGAUGGUGUACAAGUACGUCUACUCGCCACAUUUCACGCUGCACGGAUAUAUUGAACACUCGCUGUCAGUUUUCAACACGUCCGACUACAAGGAGGAAUGGGGAACGAAAGGCGAAAAUGACCCGGACACCUGUCUGUACCGGGGCUACCGGAACGGGCCAACCGACAACGAGCAGUACGGGCUGAGUCCGCACUACUGGCACGUGUUCGCCGCCCGGCUCGCGUUCGUGGUGAUCUUCGAGCACAUCGUGUUCGUGUUGACCGGCAUCAUGCAGUUCAUCAUCCCGGACAUUCCGGUCGAGGUGAAGACGCAAAUCCAGCGCGAACAGAUGCUCGCCAAGGAGGCCAAGUACCAGCACGGGCUGAAAAAGUCCCGCGACACGGACUACGAGGAGAUUCUGCACGUGCUGCGCGAGCAGAGCAACAACAGUCGGCAAGGAGUUCGCGGAAGCUGGGCCCGGCGCCUAAGCCGCAUGAGUGACGGACUGGACGCGCACGUGGAGAUAUCGAACCGGCCUCGACAAUCGCUCGAAUCUACCGUUUGGGAAGUCACAUAGCAGUAGGAGGCUGACUGACUGAAGUUAGAUUUUAAAACUCAUCCGUUUCUGUUCUGCAUUUUCUUAUAUAUUUGUAGUAGAAAUAAACUAACAGUCGUUCUCAAA